AGGGCACCUGCAAAGUUCCAGGUUUCUCCAACCCAGGAUCCUCUGCUGAUAUCUUCUAUAAGAGAAGUUUCCUGAUCAACCAUGGAGAGAGACAGGAACAAGAUGGCCGACGGGAUCAUAAACCUCACCCUAAAGAUACUCUUCCGGCUUACUGGAGAGGAUUACACAGUAGUGAAGAAGUCCUCUAGUGGGCGCUGUCGGGCCCCUGUGUGUGAAGAAUGGGGAAGAACCCGGAGCCCAAUCCCGGGGCCCCCACCUCACCCCCUGAUACAUGAGGAAAUGGAUGAACAGAAGAUCCUAGAACUGAUCAACAAGAUGAUGGAGCUGCUGACUGGAGAGGUUCCUAUAAGGUGUCAGGACGUGGCGGUCUAUUUCUCCAUGGAGGAGUGGGAGUAUGUAGAAGGACACAAGGAUCAGUACAAGGAUCAGGUGAUGAUGGAGGAUCAGCAGCCCCUCACAUCAGCAGAUGGAGUCAUGGAUAGAUAUUCACCCGAGAGGUGUCCCCGUUCUCUUUAUUCCCAGGACUGUCCAGAAAGUCUAAUUAAUAUUAAGGUUAAAGAGGAAUCGGAAGAGGAGACGGAUUUCAUGUUCGAUCAGUGAAGAAGAUCUGAACAAUAUUAAUGCUCCUGAGACAGAUGUGAGCUGUGAUGAGCAGUUUAAGGAGGACAUUCAAACAGGGAAAGAUCUGAUCUAUAUGAAUCCUACAGACAUAAAAGAAGAGACAGAUGUGAGCGGUGAUGAGCAGUAUAAAGAGGAUGUUCCUACAGGAAAAAACCUGAUCUUUAUGAGUCCUACAGACAUAAAGGAAGAAGAGAGAGAUGUGAGCAGUGAUGAGCAGUAUAUGGAGGACAUUCCUACAGGGAAACAUCUGAUCUAUAUUAAUGUUACAGACAUAAAGGAAGAAGAAGAGGCAGAUGUGAGCGGUGAUGAGCAGUAUAAAGAGGAUGUUCCUACAGGGAAAGAUCUGAUCUAUAUUAAAGUUACAGACAUAAAGGAAGAAGAAGAGGCAGAUGUGAGCGGUGAUGAGCAGUAUAAAGAGGAUGUUCCUACAGGGAAAGAUCUGAUCUAUAUUAAAGUUACAGACAUAAAGGAAGAAGAAGAGACAGAUGUGAGUGGUGAUGAGCAGUAUAAGGAGGACAUUCCUACAGGGAAAGAUUUGAUCUAUAUUAAUGCUACAGACAUAAAAGAAGAAGAGACAGAAGUAAGCGGUGAUGAGCAGUAUAAGGAGGACAUUUCUACAGGUAACCGCCCAGAUUCUUGUACCAGGAGAUCAGAGGGACAUCUGAUAUCUUCAUAUUAUAAAGCAGAUGAUAAUAUCGCACAAGAUACAUAUGAAGAACAUUCCAUUAUCCCAGAUACACCCUCAGCCCUUCACAGCCAAGAUCUGUCAUCUGAUCCUGGACAUCAGAAAGCUCCCAUAGGAGUUAAGCCAUUUUCAUGUUCAGAAUGUAGGAAGUGUUUUAUUCGGAAAUCACAUCUUAUUAGCCAUCAAAAAACUCACACGGGAGAGAAACCAUUUCCAUGUCCAGAAUGUGGAAAAUCUUUUACUCGAAAAUCAUACCUUGCUCAACAUCAAAAAAAUCAUACAGGAGUGAAGCCAUUUCCAUGUUCAGAAUGUGGGAAAUGUUUUGCUCAAAAAUCAGAUCUUAUUAAGCAUGAAAAAAUUCACACAGGAGAGAAGCCAUUUUCAUGCCCAGAAUGUGAAAAAUGUUUUACUCAUAAAUCACAUCUUGUUGAUCAUCAAAAAACUCACACAGGAGAGAAGCCAUUUUCAUGUUCAGAAUGUGAAAAACGUUUUGCUCAAAGAUCAACUCUUGUUAAGCAUAAAAAAACUCACACAGGAGAGAAGCCAUAUUUAUGUCCAGAAUGUGGGAAAUGUUUCACUCAUAAAUCACAUCUUAUUGAACAUCAAAAAACUCACACAGGCGAGAAGCCGUUUUCAUGUCCAGAAUGUGGGAAAUGUUUCACUAGAAAACCACAACUUAUUAGUCAUCAAAAAGCUCACACAGGAGAGAAACCCUUUUCAUGUCCAGAAUGUGGAAAAUCUUUUACUCGGAAACCAUACCUUGCUCUACAUCAAAAAAAUCAUAUAGGGGUGAAAUAUGGACCUCUAGCGGAAUGUGUACUGAAAGAACAUCAAAGGGUUAAUGCUGAACUUGAUCCAACCGAGUGCUAUAAGAACACACAACAUCUCCACUAUUACCAUUCCAGACAAAGGAAACCGAUGUGUAGUUUCCAAAACACGUCGAAGACAGUAAUGAAGAAGUCCUCUAGUGGGCGCUGUCGGGCCCCUGUGUGUGAAGGAUGGGGAAGAACCCUGAGCCCAAUCCCGGGGCCCCCACCUCACCCCCUGAUACAUGAGGAAAUGGAUGAACAGAAGAUCCUAGAACUGAUCAACAAGAUGAUGGAGCUGCUGACUGGAGAGGUUCCUAUAAGGUGUCAGGACGUGGCGGUGUAUUUCUCCAUGGAGGAGUGGGAGUAUGUAGAAAGACACAAGGAUCAGUACAAGGAUCAGGUGAUGAUGGAGGAUCAGCAGCCCCUCACAUCAGCAGAUGGAGUCAUGGAUAGAUAUCCACCCGAGAGGUGUCCCCGUCCUCUGUAUUCCCAGAACUGUCCAGAAAGUCUGAUUAAUAUUAAGGUUGAGGUUAAAGUGGAAUCAGAAGAGGAGACGGAUUUCAUGGUCGAUCAGUAUGGAGUCAUGGAUAGAUAUCCACCCGAGAGGUGUCCCCGCCCUCUGUAUUCCCAGGACUGUCCAGAGGGAAAUGUCCCAGAGAAGCAUCAGGGGGGAGAUCUGACUAAUAAUAAAGUGGAGGAUGAAGAAGAGAGGAUGAGGGGCCAUCACCCGUGUAUGAGGGAAGUGAAGGAGGAAAUUCCAGGAGGUGUUACCCCAGGACUAGAAAAAAUAGAGUUCAGAAGAGGAAUAGACAGAAAAAAAGCAUUAUUGCAGAGAGAAGGCAAGUGGAUUAUAAAGACAAGAGCGCAAGAAAAUUCCAUUAUGGAUUCUGAAGGAAACUUCAUGUUAUCGCUAAAUUUUAAAGUAGAAGCGGAAGAUAUGAUGGAGCGCUCCUCAGGAGAAGACAUCCUCACCCUUAAUGUACAUCCAGGACAUCACAAUACAGAUCUAUCAUAUAUUAAUCCCCCUGAUCAUGAAGAACAUUCUCCUGAACACUUACAGACUGUUACCACAAGGACAGAUCGGAAAGGCGGGAAAAGGCUUCAAUGUGAUGAAUGUGGAAAACAGUUUUCAAGUAGAUCACAUCUUUUUACACACAUAAGAAUUCACACAGGAGAGAAACCGUAUUCCUGUUCAGAUUGUGAAAAACGCUUUAAAAGUAAAUCGGAGCUCAAUAAACAUGAGAGAAUUCACACAGGAGAGAAGCCAUAUUCGUGUUCAGAAUGUGGGAAAUGUUUUAGCCGAAAAAAAUGUCUUGUUACACAUGUGAGAAUUCACACAGGAGAAAAGCCAUAUUCAUGUUCAGAAUGUGAAAACUGCUUUAAAAGUAAAUCAGAGCUUCAGAGACAUGAGAGAAUUCACACAAGAGAGAAGCCAUUUUCAUGUUCAGAAUGUGGAAAGUGUUUUGCAAAUCAAUCAAAUCUUGCUACACAUAUGAGAUGUCACACAGGAGAGAAGCCAUAUUCAUGUUCAGAAUGUGGGAAGUGUUUUACAGAUAAAUCUUCUUGUGUUAGACAUGAGAGAAGUCACACGGGAGAGAAGCCAUAUUCAUGUUCAGAAUGUGGAAAAUGUUUUACAGAAAGAGCAGUGCUUGUUAGACAUGAAAGAAUUCACACUGGAGAGAAGCCGUUCUCAUGUUCAGAAUGUGGAAAAUGUUUUACAGAUAAAGGGUCGCUUGUUAAACACGAGAGAAUUCACACAGGAGAGAAGCCGUAUUCAUGUUCAGUAUGUGGGAGACGUUUUAGUCAUAAAAAGCAUCUUGUUCGCCAUGAGAGAAUUCACACAGGAGAGAAGCCAUUUUCAUGUUCAGAAUGUGGGAAAAGCUUUACACAAAAAUCAACUCUUGUGAAACACAUGCGACUUCACACAGGAGAAAAGCCUUAUUCAUGUUCAGAAUGUGAAAACUGCUUUAAAAGUAAAUCAGAGCUUCAGAGACAUGAGAGAAUUCACACAAGAGAGAAGCCAUUUUCAUGUUCAGAAUGUGGAAAGUGUUUUGCAAAUCAAUCAAAUCUUGCUACACAUAUGAGAUGUCACACAGGAGAGAAGCCAUAUUCAUGUUCAGAAUGUGGGAAGUGUUUUACAGAUAAAUCUUCUUGUGUUAGACAUGAGAGAAGUCACACGGGAGAGAAGCCAUAUUCAUGUUCAGAAUGUGGAAAAUGUUUUACAGAAAGAGCAGUGCUUGUUAGACAUGAAAGAAUUCACACUGGCGAGAAGCCGUUCUCAUGUUCAGAAUGUGGAAAAUGUUUUACAGAUAAAGGGUCGCUUGUUAAACACGAGAUAAUUCACACAGGAGAGAAGCCGUAUUCAUGUUCAGUAUGUGGGAGACGUUUUAGUCAUGAAAAGCAUCUUGUUCGCCAUGAGAGAAUUCACACAGGAGAGAAGCCAUUUUCAUGUUCAGAAUGUGGGAACUGUUUUACAACUAAAAAAAGUCUAGUCACACAUGAGAAAAGUCACACAGGAAAGAAGCCACUUUGAUGAUCUAUAGGAAGGAAAUUGGAUCUUGAAAUUCAGAGAAUUCACAUUACUAUUCCUGAUGUGCCUGAAUUGUGGCAGCACAUGCGGCAAAAUAAUGUUGUGUCGAAUUAAUUACUAAUUUAUUUUUAUGUUUGGGCCAGAAGGAAUAGUUAUGUGCACCACAUUUGACACUCUUAAUAUUUACUUUGCGCAAACAAAACCAAGAAGAAAUUGUUGUUUAAGUUGUGUUUAGGUUCUGCCGUGCCAAAUCAUGUUUAUAAAGAUUAUUUAGUAAUUAAUAAAGUCAUAAUAAGC